CAAUCGGUCCUGGAAGGAAGGGCCGGCCUUGUGCUGCUUUCCAGAAACGAGUCAAGCCACGACCCGGGCUAUUGUGAAACGGGAGCGAAGUCAGCCCUGGCUCUCGACUUUUGGACUCUCUCCUCUGAGGACCUUCUAGGUAGAGUUUGACAGUCUUGCUCGCAUCGGGAUCUGGGAGUCCCGCUCCCGGUGUGGAAUGCUUGUUCGUGUUGGAUCCACUUGUGCCCUGCCUGGGGGUCCCGGAGGACGCACAGGAACGGCAGCCGAGCGUGGGGGUAGAGGGACCUUGCUUCCUUGGCUCUGUGGCCACAUCCACUCUUUGCUCACGAAGUCGCAGAAAUCCGUAACAGCACUCGCAGACACGCAGUGGGAGAGGGCCUAAGCAUUUGUGAUACAGAAGUAAAAGACACUUGGUCUUCAAAAAUUUAAUUUUUUUUUAAAGAAACAUUUAUUUGAAAGGCAGAGUUACAGAGAGGGAGAUUCCACCUGCUGGUUCGCUCCCCUCCAUGGCCAUAAUUGCCAGGACUGGGCCAGGACACAGCUAGGAGCCUGGAACUCCAUCCCAGUCUCCCACAUGGGUGACUGAGGUCCAAGUCCCCUCCCCUUGCCCCCACGGGGCCCAUGCAUGACCUGCUGCCUCUAGGUGCAUUAGAAGGAAGCUGGUUGGGAAGUGGAGCAGCCACCAGAGAACCUGCCCCCAUAUGGGAUGCCUGUGUAGCAGGCAGCGGCUUAUCCCACUGUGCCACGAUGCUGGCCACCAAAAAAUUCUUGUAAGGAAAUACACAAAUAGAUAACUGUCAUUCUCUGAUACAAAUUUUUCUUCUUAACUAUCCUACUUGCACUAAAGAGCAUAAGUUGCACAUUUUCAUAUUUAUUUUAAAAGUAUGCUUUUUAUUGAUUGAAAGCAUAAUAUAAAGACUAUUAAGCCGAUUUUAUGGUGUUUUUAACAUCUUGAAGAAUAGCAUGUAAGAACAGAUGCUUUACAAGUUAAGGUGGUUGAUAUACACUGUGGUUUAUCUUGAUACAGAUUAGGUUAUAUAUUAAGAAACAUGCAAUACACCAAAGUAACCAAAGUAAAAUGUAGCAAUCAACACUGCUACUCUACUUGUGACAAUGCUAAUAUAUCAUCAUCUGCCCCUUUCAGAUAAGAAAACAGGUACCAAGGAAUGAAGCCACAUUGGCAAAUGUAGCACUACACAAUUCCACCAGGCCAUUUUAAUUUUCAUUGCAAUUUCCAGAUUGUUCCAUCAAAGCAAAAACUUUUAAAAAAUGUUAUACGACAAGGCUGACUAGGGAAAGAGGAUGAAAUUCAUUCAGGCUUCCAAUAUUGUACAGCCAAACUCCUGAGGAACAGUGACCUCCCAACAGGACAUGCAGAACUCAAAAGCAGUUCUUUUGACCCAGCUAGACCAAGCAUGAACCUGAAAGCUGUGUUGCCGGUUGACCCAGUUAAAGAAAAUUAUGUUCGUAAAGUGAAAAACUGCAUUUUUUCAAUUGCCUUUCCUACUCCUUUCAAAUCAAGAGUUCGGCUUGUAGCAGUUUCAAAGAAAGUUCUAGAAGAUAUUUUGGACCUUGAUUUAUCUGUCUCAGAAAGAGAUGAAUUUAUUCAGCUUGUAAGUGGUGAAAAGAUCCCAUUUGGAUCGAUUCCAUUGGCUCAUCGAUAUGGUGGCCACCAGUUUGGGAUAUGGGCUGAUCAGCUUGGGGAUGGAAGAGCCCACCUUCUUGGAAUUUAUUUGAACAGGCGGGGUGAAAAAUGGGAGCUCCAGUUAAAAGGCUCAGGAAAGACACCAUACUCUAGAAAUGGCGAUGGCAGGGCAGUACUUCGUUCCUCAGUGAGAGAAUUUCUGUGCAGUGAGGCCAUGCACUACCUUGGGAUUCCAACAAGCAGGGCUGCAAGUCUGGUUGUGAGUGACGACGAUGUGUGGCGAGAUCAGUUCUACAAUGGAAAUAUUACGAAAGAACGAGGUGCAGUAGUGCUUCGGGCUGCAAAGUCAUGGUUUAGAAUUGGAUCGUUAGAAAUUUUGGCUCACUAUGGUGAACUGGAUUUACUGAGGACAUUAUUGGAUUUCAUCAUUCAGGAAUAUUUCCCCUCAGUAAAUGUCAAAGAACCUAAUAGAUAUGUGGAUUUUUUUUCCAUCGUGGUAUCUGAGACGGCACAACUUAUUGCCUUGUGGAUGUCUGUUGGUUUUGCUCAUGGUGUUUGUAAUACUGAUAACUUUAGCUUAUUAUCCAUCACAAUUGAUUAUGGUCCAUUUGGUUUUAUGGAGGCCUAUAACCCAGAUUUUGUACCAAACACAUCUGAUGAUGAAAGAAGAUAUAGAAUAGGAAAUCAGGCCAAUAUUGGGAUGUUUAAUUUAAACAAGUUGUUACAAGCAUUAAACCCAUUACUGGAUCUUAAGCAAAAGCAACUUGCUGUUCAGAUUCUUGGGACAUACCCUGAUGUUUAUUAUACAAGAUUCAGAAACUUGUUCAAAGCCAAAUUGGGACUACUUGGAGAAAGGCAGGGUGAUGAUGAUUUAAUUGCAUUUCUCUUACAUCUCAUGGGAGAGACACAGGCUGAUUUCACAAUGACGUUUCGGGAGCUCAGCGAGAUUACUCAACGGCAGCUACUGGAGCUCAGUAUUCCCCAGCAAUUUUGGGCCCUGAAGACUGUCUCACAGCACAGACUCUUUCCUGUGUGGGUAUCCCAGUACCUUUUGAGACUGAAGAGUAACAUGAAUGACACAGAUUCUGAAAGAAGAAGAAGAAUGACAACUGUGAACCCCAGGUAUGUCCUGAGGAACUGGAUGGCAGAAGCUGCAGUGCGGAGAGCAGAAAGGAGUGAUUUUUCAGAGGUCCGUCUCCUCCAGCAAGUGCUCCAGCACCCGUUCCAGACACAGUCUACAGCUGAGAAAGCUGGCUACUCCUCGCCUGCUCCUUCUUGGGCUAAAGAUCUCAGAGUUAGUUGCUCAUCUUAAUUUGGGAAAAAAUAAAUGAAUGAAUCCUUCUAUCACUGAACUCAGUAUAGAAUAAUUUAUUUUAAGACAGCAUUGUGGUGCAGCAGGUUAAACUGCCUGUGAUGCCAGCUUCCUAUAGGAGUACUGGUUCAAGUUCCAGCUGCUCCACUUUCCAUCCAGCUUCCUGCAAAUGCACCUGGGAAAGCAACAGAAGAUGGCCUCCGUACUUGGGUCUCUGCCAUCCACCUAGGAGACCCGGACAGAGUUUCUGGCUCUUGGCUGUUGUAGCCAUUUUGGAAAUGAAUCAGCAGAUGGAAGAUCUCUUUCUCUCAUCUCUCUUUUUCUCUCUGUCACUCUGCCUUUUAAAUAAAUCUAUUUUUUUUAAAAAAAGACAAACAUGAGAAAGGACUAUUAUUUAGAACAUGCAAAAAGUCAAAACUCAACAAUAAGAAAAUAACUCAGUUAAAAAGGCCAAAAUAUCUCAACAGAUAUCUCACAAAAGGAGAUAUCUAGGUGGCGCAUUAGAUACAUGUAAAAAUGCUCACCAUUGUAUGUCAUUAAAGAAUUGCAAAUUAAAACAGUGAGAUACCACUACACACCCAUUAGAAUGGUUAAACAUGAACCACUGACGGCACCAAACUUCGGUGAGGUUGCUGGUGGGACUACAACCGACCACUCUGGAAGAAAAGUUGGUAGUUUCUUACAAAACUAAAUAUAUGAGAGAUCGUCACAAAGUUCAUGGAAAUGUGUAUUAUGAAAAAAAUGCAUGGAUUCCAGAAGUCUGCAUCAAAACAAACUUAUCUUUUAAUUCCAUUUUCCCUCCAAGUUUUUGAAGUACCUUCAUAACCAUACAGCCCAGUGGUUGUGCUCCUGGUGACUUGAAAGCAUAGCCACACAAAACCCUGCCUGUGGAGGUUUACAGCAGCCUUCUCCAUAAUCAUUAAUACUUGAAAGCAACCAAGACAUUAUUCAGAAGGUGAAUGGAUAAUACACCAUCGGUACAUCCACAUGGAGGGAUAAUUUUCAGCAAUAAGGAUAAAUGAACUAUCCAGCCAUGAAAGUACGUGAAGGAACCUUAAAUGCAUAUUACCACAUGGAAGAAGCCCUCUGAAAAGGUUACAUACUGUACAAUUCUCAUAUGGAACAGUUUUUAAAGGGUUUAACUGUGGAGACAGCAGAAGGAUCAGUGGUUGCCGGUGGUUGGGUUUGGGAAAGAUCAAGGGGCAGAGCUCAGAGGACUUGGGCAGUGAAACCAUCCUGUAUGAUACUGUAAUGGUGGAUACAUACCAUUAUGCAUAUAUAAAAACCUAUAGAUUGUGGAACAUCAAGAGUAAACCCUAAGGUAAACUAUGACUUUGAGUGAUAAUAUUGUGUCAGUGUAGGUUUACUGUUACAAAUGUACUGUUCUUUCGUGGGGUACUGUAGUAGUGUGUGGUGGCAAGAGGUUGUGGGAACUCCUUAGAACUUCAUUUAAUUUUGUUUCAAACUUAAAACUGCUCUCAAAAACAAAGUGUAUUAAAAAGAACUGAGUGGAUUGUUUAAAUACAGAUUAAAUUGUGUGGUAGAGAGCAUUUGAGAGUGGGGAUUAAGAUCUGAUUAAUUUUCUUAGAAUAAAGCAAUGGAAAAUACACAGACCUUAGAGAAUUGGGGGUUAAAGUUACUUUAUACUAUACAUUUCAUUGGAGUCACAGAAGAAAUGAAUAAAGAGAGGCAGUAUCUGAAACAAGCGAGAAUUUUCCAGAAUAGUGAGCCAUGUAUUCGUAGAUUCAGAAACUUAAGUAAAUUGUCAACUUAAAUAAAAAGAAGCCCACACUUAGACCCAGUCUGUGAGAGCACCAAAGGUGGGUCUUAAAUCAUCCAGAGCAGGCAACAAAGAGAAGACCAUAAAUAAAUAAAGAGUCUGAUAGCCGUCUUCUGGACAGCAGUAGUGGACUUCAGAGUAUUUACUGUCAUCCUGGAGUUUGGCGUCUAGUGAAACAGUCUUUUGAGAAAAAGAAAGAAAUAAGGACAUUCUACGGAGGAAAAAAAGUCAAAAUUGAACUGUAAUUCAAAUAACCAGGCAAUAAUUGUGUGUGUGUGUGUGUAUGUAAUUGAACUUCAAGGGUUCCAAAGCCUUUGUAUUGUCCAGGUUUACUUAGACUUCACUGAGUGUGGAUAUUAUCAUUACAGGUAGCCAUUAAAAGAACAGAAACAGAUCUCAAAAUGCAGAGAGAAAAGUCUUUAAUUGCAACAAAAAGGCAAGAAAGGAAGAAAAAACAUAAUAGAAAAAUCCAGGCAAAAAGUACAAUUUAAGAUGUUUAAAAACUUUGUGAGAACAAAGUUUGCAGUUAAAAGAUAAUGAUUACUCGAGUAAUUAUAAAUACAGCAAAAUCCAUACUGACUGCAAGUGGUAGACCUAGCACAUAAUCACACAGAGUUUGAAGGUGAAUGACUAGAAAGAUUUGUCAGGCAAAUUACUGGGGACUACCUAUAAAAUCUGACUGUAUCAAACCAGAUGAAAAAACUCAACAAACUUCAAAGUCUCGUUUUUUAAAAAAAGAUGUAUUUAUUUAUUUGAAAGGCAGGGUUACAGGGAGGCAGAGAGAGAGAAUCUUCGUCCAGUAGUUCACUCCCCAAAUGGCCACAAUGACUGGAGCUGAGCUGAUCUGAAUCCAGGAGCCAGGAGCUUCUUCAGGGUCUCGCAGCAUGUGGGUGUGUUAGGUAGAAGUUAAAAAUUAGCCUAGGUGUGUGAGAAGGGCCUGAGGAACCAACACCUGCUGUGGAAGCCCCCACCCCCACCCCCACCCAAGCCCAGCAUUUUGCACUUCAAAGUCCUGCCCGGACCCUGAUAACCUUCCAAGUGGUCCCAGCCCUCCCCCGCCCCCCCAAAGCUCCCAGGAGAAUUCUCUCUCCUCAGUACCAAAGGGGUUACCUGACCUGAUAAUAUGGGGCAAUAAAACCCUCAUAGAUGCCCUAGGGGAAGCCCCUCUUGGGGGCUUGGCCUGCCAGCAAAUCUGGGAAGGAAUUUGCUAAUUUACACCCAACAAAACCUUUGUCCUAAAGGAGAAGAGGGAGGGAAUAAAGAGACGCCCUUAAAACCUAGGAGUCUGGCCAGCACCGCAGCUCACUAGGCUAAUCCUCCACCUAGUGGCGCUGGUACACUGGGUUCUAGUCCCGGUCGGGGCGCCGGAUUCUUUCCCAAUUGCCCCUCUUCCAGGCCAGCUCUCUGCUGUGGCCAGGGAAGGCAGUGGAGGAUGGCCCAGGUGCUUGGGCCCUGCACCCCAUGGGAGACCGGGAGAAGCACCUGCCUCCUGGCUUCGGAUCAGUGUGGUGCGCCGGCCUUGGCGGCCAUUGGAGGGUAAACCAAUGGCAAAAAUAAGACCUUUCUCUCUCUCUCACUAUCCACUCUGCCUGUCAAAAAAAAAAAAAACAAAAAAAAAAAACCAACCAACCUAGGAGUCUGACCAAAGGCUGUUCGAGCUCUCUGCUCUCUGCUGAGCUGCCUGCCUGGCCUGGCCACCUGUAGUCUCUCCAUUCAACCAUGGAACCUGGGUUUUCCCCAGUCCGAGUGACUGGGCACUCUACUCUCCAUCUGUCCCAUCCUUGCUGACGGAUGCCCUAGCCGCAAUAAAACCUUGUUACUCUG